AUGGCAGAAAAGAAGAUUCAUACAAUAACAAUAAUGGAUAAAGACAAUAUAACCUUUGUAGAGAUGAUUCUCAUAUUUAUGGUUGGAUUUGAAAUGAUUGAUAGUCUUUCUCGAAAUGAAGGGAUUUUGGUGAAUACGUUACAGUCAAAUUCCUUGAUUGGAUUAGGCUCUAUAGGAGAAGCACCUAUUUUGUCCGCAAAGCCUCAAACUUACAUGAAUUUUAGUGGCAAAUCGGUUGGGCCGCUUGCUGCAUAUUAUCGAGUGCCCUUGUGUUACAUUCUACUGGUUUAUGCUGAAACUAUUCUUCCAAACGGUGUUUUGAAGCUUCAACCUAAAGGUGGACUUGGGCAUCACAAUGCGUAA